GUUGGCUUGCCUAAAGUUUUACCCAUUGUACCCCUUCCUCAAGACUAUUUGUCUACCCCUCUUUGGCAUUCCUUCCUUCCAUCCUCCUUCCUUCCAUCCUCCUUCCUUCCUUUCCUUCAUCCUCAUCCCCAUCCACGUUUAAUAUUUGAAACCAUGACAUCCCUCUCGACCAACAAACGACUUGACCAAAUCAAAGGCCACAUCAUUGGAAGCAAUUCCAACCGUGAACAUUUAAUUCAUCACAGACAUCCUGACGAUGUAGUGAUCGUAGCUGCGGUCCGAACACCAAUUUGCAGAGCUGGCAAAGGUGGUUUUAAAGAUAUGUAUCCAGAGGAUCUACUCGCAGUCAUUCUAAAGGCUGCUGCUGAGCGCGCCAAGAUCGAUCCCAAGGUUGUAAAUGACAUCCAGACUGGUAAUGUCCUUCAGGAGCUUGGUGGCAUCAAAGUUGGACGUGCAGCCAUGUUCGCAGCUGGAUACCCCUACACAACAACGUAUGGUGUUUUGAAUCGCCAAUGCUCCUCUGGCCUCCAGUCUUGUAACUAUAUCGCCAAUGCUAUCCGAGCUGGAGAGAUUGAUGUCGGCAUCGGCGCUGGCGUCGAAUCUAUGACCCACGAUUAUGGUUCCAAGAGUAUGCCUUCUCGGAUUUCAUCUCAGAUCAAAGCAAGGCCUGGCAAUGCCGAUAUCUUCGUACCCAUGGGAAUUACCUCCGAGAAUGUGGCCAGUGAUUUCUCAAUCACACGUGAGGAUCAAGAUGCAUUUGCUUCGGAAUCGCAUGCCAAGGCAUUAAAGGCUCAAGAACAAGGGCUGUUCGAUGCCGAGAUCAUCCCGGUCAAAGUAUUACAAAAGUCAAUUGUGAAGGACACCACUACCGGUCAAGAAAAAGAAAUUGUUAAGGAAGUUAUCAUCUCUAAAGAUGAGGGCCCUCGUACUGGUUCUAGUGCAGAGAAAUUGAGCAAACUCAAGCCGGUCUUUAAAAAGGAUGGGUCCACUACGGCUGGUAAUGCCUCUCAAGUGUCGGAUGGCGCAGCAGCAGUGGUUUUGAUGCGAAGGAGCAAAGCUCAGGAAUUGGGCUGCACGAUCUUAGCGCGUUGGUGUGGAGCCAGAGUAGUGGGUUGCCCUCCUAGGAUCAUGGGCAUUGGCCCUGCAGUGGCCAUUCCUGCGGUGUUGAAGGAUGUGGGCUUGCAGGUAGACGAUGUGGAUAUUUAUGAGCUCAAUGAAGCCUUUGCAUCACAAGCUUUAUAUUGUGUGCGUACUUUGGGCAUCAAGUCAGCCAAGGUUAACCCAAAAGGCGGCGCCAUUGCUCUUGGACACCCGUUAGGCAUGACAGGUGCUAGACAGAUGGCUACACUGAUCUCUCAGUUGCACUAUACUGGCGAGAAAAUUGGUGUUAUUUCGAUGUGCUAUGGCAUUGGAGGGGGCAUGGCUGCCGUUAUUGUAAGCGAACAGGAUGACUAAAAGGCAGUUAACCAAAAAUAAAGCAUCAUAUUUAC